CAGUCUAAAAUCUUAUUCUCUCAUGGAACGCUUUAUUUAUGCUCUCUCUCUUCGGAUUCUCCUCUCGUUUUCCCCACUUGUGCCCUCUUCACCUAUCCCUCCUUUAAUUCCCUAUUCGGAGAUUAGGGUUUUAACAAUCCGCGUUUUUAAUCCCUCGAAAAAGGGAAGGAGAUAGAGAAGAAUUAGGGAGAGGUGACUAAGCCAUGGCCGAGCACCAACGAUCGGUGGAGCCGGAGGAGCAGGUCGAUCUCGAUGGCGACAACGACAUUGAGGACAUGAUGGAUGAUGAGGACGGCGGGGAGGAUGAGGGCUAUAGGAAAGAAAGGGAGCAAUUUGAUGGUGAGGAUGAUGAUGAUGAUGAUGAUGAUGAUGAUGAUGAGAUUACGGAGGGGAUGGAGGCGAGGGGAUCCGAGGGUGAGGGCGGCGAGAAGGUUUUGGCCUCGGAUGGGGGAGAGGAAGCUUCUCAGGCGGUGAAGGAGGAAGAAGAAGAGAAGCCAGUUGGGCCUAAGGAUGAGGAGGAUAGAAGGAAGUGGGCCGAGCUUCUGGCGCUCCCUCCUCACGGGUCGGAGGUUUUCAUUGGUGGCUUGCCGAGGAAUGCUACCGAAGAAGAUCUUCGAGAACUUUGCGAGCCCUUUGGUGAGAUCUUCGAGGUGAGGUUGAUGAAGGAUAAGGACACAAAAGAAAGCAAGGGUUUUGCAUUUAUAACAUUCACUACCAGGGAUGCUGCUCAAAAUGCCAUUGAAGAGACCCAUGACAAGGAAUUCAAGGGGAGAACCCUGAGAUGUUCCUCGUCGCAAGCUAAGCAUAGGUUGUUCGUAGGAAAUGUUCCAAAGGGCUUGACAGAGGAAGAGCUUAGAAAAAUGCUAGAGGAAAAUGCUCCUGGUGUUGAGAAUGUCGAAAUUUUCAAGGAUUUACAGGAUCCUAAUCGUAAUCGUGGUUUUCUAUUUGUGGAGUACUACAACCAUGCCUGUGCUGACUAUGCAAGGCUGAAGAUGUCGAGCCCAGACUUCAAAAUUGAAGGAACCAAUCUAACCGUCAGCUGGGCUGAUCCUAAGAGUUCAACUGAUUCUUCUGCAGCUGCUCAAGUGAAGGCUAUUUAUUUGAAAAAUCUACCAGAAAACAUAACAAAAGAAAAGAUUAAGGAGCUUUUUGAACGUCAUGGAGAGGUCACAAAAGUUGUUCUACCGCCCGCUAAAGCUGGACAGAAGCGGGAUUUCGGGUUUGUUCAUUUUGCAGAGAGAUCUAGUGCAUUGAAAGCAGUAAAAGGAUCUGAAAAAUAUGAAGUUGAUGGGCAUGUCAUAGAAGCCUCUCUUGCCAAACCUCAGACAGACAAGAAGCCUGAAUAUCCACAGAAACCUGGGUUACUUCCUAAUUUACCACCAUACCCUCCUUACAGUUAUCCUGGAGAUCCAUAUGGGGUCUAUGGUGGUGGAUAUGGUGCUGGAUAUGGCCAGCCUGUGAUCUACGGUAGAGGACCAAUGCCAGCUGGAAUGAGAAUGGUGCCAAUGGUUCUACCUGAUGGUCGCCUUGGCUAUGUAUUGCAGCAGCCUGGUGCGCAGGCUCCACCACCGCCCCCUCGAAGAGGUGACCGGAGGGGUGGCUCGGGUGACAGUGGAGGUAGUAGGGGCAUUGAUGGGAGCCGAGGACGGCGAUACCAUCCGUACUAAGUUGACGAUAUGCUUUUGUUUGUUGUAUCGCAAUUGUAUCUUGUUAAAGUAGUGUUGCAUUUCGAUUGCCUUUCAUGAUCAUAAAUCAAGGUUUUUUAAGUGAAAGGUUGUCAGUAAAUUGUCUCCUUACCUCGCUUCUAACAUCUAAUUAUUACCAAUGCUAGAUUGUAAUGACUACCUUUGAGUUUUGAGUCGAACAAAUAAAGUACACUACUAGAAGUUCCAAAAAUUUGUGUCAGGACUAAUGUCUGCUGAAGUACCGUAGUGCUGAAUUACAUAUUAUCAUGGUAUAUUUGCAGAUUGGAUGGACUGUUGUGGUUUA